AUGAUCGCGGCGAAGUUCGGGUUAGACGCGGACGCGCUCGUGAAGAUGAACAAGAAGCAUCUCAGGCUUUUGGAUUUGGACUCGAGGUUGAAACCGAUGACGCGGUUGUGGCUCACCGAGGACCCGAGGACGCCGCCGCCGAAGAAGCAGAAGAAGGAAGCGCCCGCCGCCGCCGCCGCCACCGCCGCCGCCGCCGCGCCCGCGCCCGCGCCCGUGGGUGCGCCGCAGCACACGAAGUCUGUUCCGGGUUUAGGGUGGAGGAUGCACAGCGAGGAGCAGAGGGCGAUCAUGCAAGAGUUUUGGAAGACCAAGGGCGCGUACCCGUCGCAGGAACAGAAAGACGACAUGGCCGAGCGAAGCGGUCUCACGAAUAAUCAGGUGCACAAUUGGUUUCAUAAUCAAAGGACAGCUUACGCGAAGAAAGGCUGGGAUAUCCCGCGUGAAGGCGGAGAAGGCGAAGCGAAGCCGUCGAAGCGACGCGUGAAGACGGCGAAAACGAAGACGAAAACGAAAGAAGAAAUAGAAGGCCUGUUCGGCGAGAGCGACAGCGACGACGACGGCGACACGGCGACGAACGCGUUUUGGGCAAAGUUUGACAGCGAGCGCGGAAAUAAGGCGACCACGGCGCAGUCGGGGCGCCCGACCGAGGGUGCCCAAGGGGACGCCCGGGGCCAAGGCGGCGCCGGGAGAGUGCCAGAGCGAGCGCGCGCGCCGUCGCCGCCGCCGCGCGCGGCGAUGCCGAAACCCAAGCCCGCGCCCGCUGUGCGCGCGCCGGCGGCUAUCGAGAUCUCGAGCGACGACGACGACGAAGUCUCGAUCAUGGCCGAACAUCGCGCCGCGAAAGUCAACAAGCGAACGCAAGAGGCCGGGUUCGCCGCGGGACCGUGGGCGACGGACGCGCUGCAGGAUCUUCUGGCCGAGGAAGGAUAUUCGAGGACGAAGGCGGAUCAUAAUAUUCUCAUAAAGGUCGUAUGGGGGAGGAUCAAUGCGAAGAAAGACGUGUACGAUAAGAAGAAGUCCCUGAUCGACGCGAAGAACGAUCCGAUAUUGUGGCGGAUUUUCGGCGAGAAACCCCUGCGCGCGACGACUAUGCCCAUCCCGAUGGUCGUCUCAAAGGUUAUCUCCGCGCACGUGCGGAAGAAGAACGAGCCCCUUCCCGCGGCGUGCGAGCCCGGGUGGCGGAAAGACAUCGAAGGCGGCGACAGCGGCGGGUUUAAGAUCCCGAAAGCCGCCGCGGGUCUCAAGGAUCUGAGGGAUGACUUCGGCGACAUAGGCAACGGCGACGGCGACGGCAGCGACGACGACGACCACCGCAGGCGACGCGGCGGCGCCGCGGGGAGUAAGAGCGCGAUGGCGCUCAUACGCGAGAAGCAGAAGCAACGGCGGUUGCGAGAGAAAGAAGCCGCCGCCGCCGCGAAGCCGAACGCGGGUUGGGACUCCGGCGCGGACUCCGACGGCGAGAGAGGCUCUCCGGCCCCCCACGAGCAGCGGCGAUACGCCGCGGUGACGCGCCACAACGUCGAGCUCGUGUACCUGACCCGCGUCGCCGCGGCGUCCCUCCUGCACUUGGACGAGGACACGUUCGACGAAGUCACGGUGAUGUCGUACGUGCGUUUUAAGUGCAAGCAGUUGGCGAACGGCGAGGCGCAUUAUCGACUCGUGCAAGUGAAUCGCAUCGAGCACGGGGACGAGUACGAGGUCAACCCGGGGACCCCGGACACGCCGAAGACGACGCGCUGGCUCGUGUGCAACAACAUGGGGACGGAGAAGACGCUCGCGCUCGCGGACAUCAGCAACGCGCGGUUCACGGACCAGGAGCUCGCCAAGUUGGGAGAGUUCAUCAACGACGGCGUCUUAAUGCGGUGGGCCGUGCGCGGGCUCCAGCACUUGCACAAGCGGAUGAUAGACCACAUGCCAGAGGACACUCGCGCGCGCCUACAGAAGCUGCACGGGUUACGGAACAAAGCGAGCGCGGAGGGCAACUUCCACGCGAAGAAGAGACUCAACGCGGAGAUCAAAGAGCUCGAAGCCGGGACGCUCGAACGCGACCGGUGUAAAACCCCGGACGUGGACGUCGAACCCGGGUCCGGCGGCGGCGGGGUCGCCGCCGAGGGUCCCGGCGGCGGCGGACGCGGCGGCAGCAGGUGGGCGAUUCCGACGCUGGGUGACCUCGCGGGGUUCGGCGAACGGCGCGGCGGCGGCGGCGGCGGCGGCGGCGGCGUCGGCGGUCCAGGCCCGGCGCGGCGAGAAGAUCCGUGGGGCGGCGGCGGCGGCGGCGGCGGCGGCGGCGGCGGCGAGGGUAGGAUCUCGCGGCCGGCCGCGGGCCCGUCCGCGGCGGAGAGACCCGCGUCGCGGAGCUUCAGCGGGCGCUUCGCCGAAGGCGACGGAGCGAGGGCGUCCCCGCGCGACGACGACGACGGCGGCGACGCGUUCGGGGACGAGCGCCGCGCCGCGCCGCGCGAAGAGACGCGGCGCUUGGAAGUCAGCGCGGACGUCGCUAGGAACAUCGUCGGCGUCACGGCCGCCGCGGUGAAACAGCUUCAGGACCGCACGGGUGCGACGGUUCAGGUCUCUCGCGUCGAUCGCGGCGAACACGACGACGGGAAUCGAAGCGUCGUCAUCUCCGGCGCGUGGCCCUGCGUCGACGCGGCGGUGGAAGAGGUUCGACGCGUGAUGUCGAAGUACCAGCCGCGCAACCGCGACCGCGACCGCGAGCGCGACCGCGACCGCGGGCGCAAGCGCGAUCGGUCGCCGGAUGCGUCGCCGCCUUCGAGCUCGAAGCGCGGGAGAUCGACGACGGCGUGCAGGUUUUUCAACACCCGUCGCGGGUGCAGAGACGGAGACAAGUGUAUGUUCUCGCACGGCGACGGCGCGUCGCCCGCGCGCGUGAGAUCCCCGCCGCGGGGUGGGGUGCUGACGUCAGAGUCGCCCCGGCGGCGGACGGCGAGGGGAUGGGGCGCGAGGUCCCCGCGGGACGAGGAAACGCGACGUCGCUCUCUGUGCGAGAGGGCGAUUACGACGCUUCUCGACAUCAUCGAACGCAAGGGCGGUCGUCUCUAUGCAACUGGCAUGACGCAGCUCUAUCAGGCGAUGCCAGAAGCGAAAGAUGUCGUGGGAAAACUUGCAAACCGAAACCUUUCCGAGUUUUGCGAGGAUUCGAACGGACGGCUCACGUACGUGAACGGUAAGAACGGACAUAAAUCGAGCUUCAUAGUCGCGGGCAAAGCGUCGAGACCCGGCUCGUCACCUCGUAAGAGGUCGCGGGGCGCCGCCGACGACCUCGAGAAGGUGAUACGAACGCUUUACGACAUCGUCACGAAGCACGGCGGUCGCAUGAAGAGUGGACCAGCCGGACAGAGGCUCUACGGAUAUGGUGCCGUGAUGCCCGAAGCGAAGGACAUCAUCGACGCGAAUUUUAGAAGCAACAAGAUGCACAACGUUUGCAAGGCUUCGAAGGGGCGACUGACAUUCGAGUCUGACGGCCAAGAUGGCGUAAUCACCGCGCGCGAAAAAGGCUUAGAAGGCGAAAAACCCGCCCCGGUCGCGGACGACGGCGGCGGGUGGGGCCACGGCGCGAACGCGAACCGAACGGAGACGACGGAAGUCCCGCCGCCGCCGAGAGAUCCGAGAGAUCCGAGAACGCGAGACGCCGAGCGAGAAGUCCCGUCGCCGCCCGUCAUCGCCGCCGCCGCGGCUCCGUCCGACGCUUCCGAGGAAGAGAAAGUGUGGAUGUACGCAGACCCGGAUGGGGUGAUUCAAGGACCGUUCAAGAAGAAGUCGUUCAGGAAGUGGGUGGCGUCCGGUGCGAUGCCGGAGAGUACGAUCGCGUGGCAUCGCGAUUCGAACGCGUCCACGGGCGUCCCCGUCGCCUCGUUUCUCGCGUCGUGAGCGGCACCACCGGCGUAGCUAGCGUUGUCGUACUACACGUCAUCGACACUGAAAGAUGCACGAGAAAUACGCU